UUUAAUAAAAUAUUUUACGUUGUAAAUUCUGUGUUAUGUUCGUUACAAUUUUCCUGUUGAUAUCCAGAGUUUUGGGCGAUGAUGGCUACUGUUCCCUGGGGUACAGGAGACUUUGCCAAGGGAAGGGCAUGCAUGUGGCAUGCCAGUUUCCAGAGGCAGGCCCAGGACCACUCUGUCAGAACUACUCGCGUGUCGAAAUAAAUCCUAGGAUACAGAAGCUUAUAAUUGAUGAAAUAAAUAGAAGACGCCAGCAUUUGGCAGCUGGACAGGUGUUCGUGAGAGAUGGACAGCGCAUACCUCAACCUCGGGCAAUGAUGUUAGUUAGUUGGGAUCAAGAGCUGGCGUACUUGGCCCAGCGGUUGGCAGACCAGUGUCAGUUUGUACACGAUGAGUGUAGAGCUACUGUCCGCUACCCCUACGCCGGCCAAAGUGUAGGCGAGGUGCGCACGCGCAGGCCGAUCCCUGUCGCCCGUGCCAUCGCCCGUGUGAUAGCCGCGUGGUGGAGCGAGAGGAGGCACGUUAGAGUGGAACAGCUGAUGUCGCCAUUCAGACCUGACAAAGGCCUAAAAUGGGGUCACUUCAGCCAGCUCUCCAUCUGGAACCUCCAGGCUGUUGGCUGCGGGGCCACCACAAGCAGCACCAUGCUCCUCGUCUGCGACUUCUCUCACACCAACAUGCUGGGCCAGACCACGUUAGUGGCGGGGCCUGUUGGAGAAUGCCCAGCGGGUACUAGAAGGAGGAUGGAGUUUCCCUUGUUGUGUGCUCCGAUGGAAUCUCCUAAGAACAUUGUGGAAGAGAAUAGAGAGGAGGUUUCAGAAGAUAUUCCCAAGUUCAUAGAAUCUUCUGGGAAUAAAGGAGUAUUUGAAGGAAGAACCAUUAGGCCGAAAUGGAGACGAACAAGAACUAAAUGGAAUCAAAGAGUAGCACUUAAUCUAGAUAAAGAAGAUCUAGAACAAUUAUACAGAGACACAGGAUUCAGAGUCAAUUACUACGAAAAGAAACCGACAAGUUUAAAUAAAUGA